AUGUUGGCCGGAGAGGACGGAGCCCAACUGCAGUGCUGUGUGACCGUGGAGCAGCUCAACUCCGCCGGUCAGGUCUCCCGCAGGCAGCUCCUCCGCAGAGCCUCCGUCACCCUGGGCCGCAACGAGUUCCAGGAGAUCAUCCUGCGGCUGCACGACGGCAAAGUCCCGCAGAGCUUCCACCUGAAAGACUUCAAGCUCUUCACCAAGUUCGCCAGAGAGGGCAAGUGCACCGUGAAGCUGCUGCAGGAGAACAUCCAGCUGCUCAUCUCCAACUGUCCCCCCGACCGGCUCUGCCUCUUCCUCAAGACCCUGAGCAUCAAGCACCAGGCCUGGCAGAGCAGCAAGCCCCUGAGCCACAGGGAGAAGCUACAGGCGGGUCGACCCCGCAGCUUCGAGUCCAUCAGCCCCCUGCAGCAGAAAGACAUCCAGAAGGUCAACGAGAUGAGGAGCAAAGAGGCUCCCACAGGCCUCAUGGAGCGCACCAACCAGGUGACGGCUGCUGGACGCCAGGUCAAGAGGUCGAGGCCUGACAGCAACUUCAGUCCUGUGAAGACAAAUCCCAGUAAGAAGCCCAUCCUGUCUCUGCCCUCACGUAAGCUGAAUAAAGAGCAGGCAGCUGUUCUCAGUGCAGUGCUGAGCGGAAAGAACGUCUUCUUUACUGGAAGUGCUGGCACAGGGAAGUCGUUCUUGUUAAAGAGGAUCAUGGGAUCUCUUCCUCCAAAGAGUACCUUUGCCACAGCCAGUACAGGAGUGGCUGCAUCACACAUUGGAGGAACAACGCUGCACAACUUUGCAGGUAUCGGCUCGGGCUCGGCCCCUCUGGAGCAGUGUAUCGAGCUGGCUCAGCGGCCCGGGGUGCUGCCGCACUGGACCACCUGUCGACACCUCAUCAUCGAUGAGGUCUCCAUGGUGCAGGCUCAGUUCUUUGACAAGCUCGAGUCAGUCGCCAGGUCAGUGAAGAGGUCGACUGAGCCGUUCGGAGGAAUCCAGAUGAUCAUAUGUGGUGACUUCCUUCAGCUUCCUCCUGUUUCCAAAGGAAAGGAGAAAGCCAUCUUCUGUUUCCAGGCCAGGUGCUGGCGUAAGGUCAUCCAGGUCAACAUGGAGCUAACAGAAGUGCGGAGGCAAACGGACCAGACCUUCAUCUCCCUGCUGCAGGCAGUGAGAGUGGGCAGGGUGACGGAGGAAGUCACUGCAAAGCUGUUAAAAAGCGCCUAUCAUAACAUUGAGAGGGACGGUAUUCUAGCCACCAGGCUGUGCACACACAAGGAUGACGUGGAGCUCACGAAUGAGAACAAACUCCAGCAGCUGCCAGGUUCAGUGUGUGUGUUUGAGGCACUCGACAGUGAUCCAAGCCUGGUGAAGACUAUAGACAUCCACAGCCCAGUCAACAGACUCAUCCAACUCAAAGUGGGAGCUCAGGUCAUGCUGACAAAGAACCUGGAUGUCAGUCGAGGUCUGGUGAACGGAGCCAGAGGUGUGGUUCUGGCUUUUGAGUCCGGAAAACAUGGUCUCCCACGUGUGCGUUUCCUGUGCGGCGUUACAGAGGUGCUUAAACAAGAGCGCUGGGUGUUUAAGUCCGGCGGUGGGAUCCACCUGAGUCGACAGCAGCUGCCACUCAAACUUGCCUGGGCCAUCUCCAUCCACAAGAGCCAGGGAAUGACACUGGACUGUGUGGAAAUCUCUCUGGCACGCGUCUUUGAGAGCGGCCAGGCGUACGUGGCGUUGUCCCGUGCUCGGAGCCUGGAGGGCCUGAGGGUCAUGGACUUUGACCCCCGUGUGGUGCGUGCGGAUCCAGAUGUUCUCGUCUUCUACAAGAAACUGAGGAAGGAGAGGCUGCUCAUGCAGGCCUCCAUGGAUGAUUUUGUUGACAACAACAAAGAAAACUCUUGGUGAAAAGGAGAACUCCUCAUCGUCUCUAAUUUUGUGCACUGUGUGCAUGAGCUUUGUCCUUCUACUGGUGAUAUCAUGGUUUUCAUUCACCAUGUCCCUCACUGUUUGUUUUAACUUGAAGUCACACUGCCACCAUGUGUUCAGUACUGACACUUUUGUUUUUAAAGAACUUAUUUUUAU